AUGGACAAGGCCGUCGAAAACCAGGUACGAGGAUGCUUACCGUGCCAAGCUGUCCAACCACCAAAUAACGACCAGCCAAUCAAACCGUCGGAGCUACCAAUUGGCCCAUGGCAGUAUGUGGAAAUGGACUUCCAAGGCCCUUACCCCAACGGCGAAUAUAUAUUCAUCAUGAUUGAUCGUUACAGUCGAUGGCCGGAGAUGGCCUGGUUCCGAAACGCACCUAAUGCGAACACCACAAUCGCAGCCAUGGAGAAGAUAUUCACCAACAAAGGUGUUCCAGCGGUAUGCCAGUCGGACAAUGGCUCGCCUUUCCAGUCAAAAGAGAUGGAACAGUUUGCCCAAAGCAGUGGAUACCGCCAUCACCACAUUACUCCGGAAUGGCCCAGAGCAAACGGAACAGUUGAGCGAUUUAAUCGGAGUAUGAAAGAAGCCCUGCAGGCAGCAACCCUGGAAGGGAAACCCCUGAGAGACGCAUCACAAAGAUUCCUGCAGAUGUACCGAUCUACCCCACACAGCGCGACUGGGGUCAGCCCGCAUGCUGCAUUGCAUGGCGGAAGAGAAAUGAGAACAGUACUUCCACUUAUGACACCAACCGACCAUGUCAUAGACCGUAUACGAGACCAACGAUACAAAGCCAAGAUGAGAAACGGACUGCGGCCACAUAAACUUCGGGUAGGUGACAGUGUUAUUGUGAAGCAGACGAAAGUCAACAAGCUGACGCCGACAUUCAACCCUACACCUCUGAGAAUCACCGAGGUUCAAGGCUCGAGAAUAACUGCACGGGAGAUAAACGGCACGUGGACCAUCACGAGGGACGCGUCGUACUUCCGGAAGAUUGCAUCCGAUACGCGGGCAGAAAACGAAGAUGACCAGGACGCAUCAGACGAGAGUGACGGAGAGACGGAGAACGAAAACAGGGGGAACCAACAGGAAACGCCGGAUGAAAGCACUGAGAAAGGGCAAAGACCACGACGGACAACACGGAGGCCAAGUUAUUUAGAAGACUACGAAACUUAA